ACAGGACACUAGCGGCCGUCGGACGAAUGUUUACCGAGCAGGCAUAGAGUGGUGGUGAGGAAAGUGACAGUCACACUGGAGGCUCGGUGUAUGGUGAAGCACAGGUGAUUUCAGCCUUCACGGUUGCAUUUUACAGCGGAAUGUUCACUCGAAGGGGGCAUGGAGACGUCAAGAAAUCUACACAGAAAGUUCUGGACCCAAAGAAGGAUGUACUGACCCGGCUGAAACACCUGCGGUCACUGUUAGAUAUCAUUGACAAGAGUGAACUGAAGCCGUUCUUCGAAAGCAACUGUUCUCAGAUAUAUUUUAUCUUCUAUGAAAAUUUCAUUACACUGGAAAGCAACUUAAAACUAAAAGGGAACAAAUCACAAAGGGAGGAGCUGGACUCUAUCCUCUUUAUUUUUGAAAAAAUUCUACAACAUCUGCCCGAGAAGAUCUACAACAGAUGGCAGUUUCACAGUAUUGGUUCUAUUCUGAAAAAGCUUCUACACACUGGAAAUUCAUUCAAGAUCCGCUGCGAGGGGAUCCGUCUCUUCCUGCUGUGGCUGCAGGCCCUGAGGGACAACUGUGCCGAGGAGCAGUUCCUUAUCUUCGCUUGUCUGGUGCCGGGAUUCCCCGCUGUGCCCUCCUCCAGAGGGCCUUGCACCCUUGACACCAUCAUUUACAACCCCUUCUCCAACCCCCCUGAUGCCAAGGUGGUGCCUGAGGAGAUUACCCCCCUGGUCCCGGCUGUGGUUGGAGAAAAGGUUGCAGAGGAUCAGACCUGUUACAUCCUCGAGACUCUGCUCAAGUACAUGGUCAUCCAGGCCUCCAGUUUAGAAUGGAAGAACAAAGAGAACCAGGACACAGGCUUCAGGUUUCUCUUCAGCCUGUUCAAGAAGUACUACCUUCCACAUCUCUUCCCCUCCUUCACCAAGCUCACAAAUCUCUACAAGCCUUUACUAGACCUCCCCCACCACAGACCCAAACCCUUGUAUGUGCCAGUGACGCGGAACAAUGAGAGCACCUUCUGCACCAGGGACCAGUACCUGUCCCCCCGCGUGGCCUUCAUCACCUGGCUGGUCACCUUCUUCCUGGAGAAGAAGUAUGUGAGCAGUGCUGCUGCGGCGCAGAGCGCCAAGAACGGCACAGAGGUCAUUCCCAAACUCAUCCAGACUGUCACUGCGGGCAGUAGCAGCCAGGAGAAGGAGAAGGAUAAGACGUCAGACGGGGAUACUAACGGGCCAGCAGGGGAGCCGGAGAAGAGCCACUCCAACAGCAGCACGCUGUCAGACCGCCGGCACAGCGACUCCAGUCUGUGUAGCAUCGAGGAGGAGCACCGCUAUGUGUAUGACAUGGUGCACGCCAUCCUUCUGUCCACCAGAGACAAUGUGAAUUUUGUCAACGAGGUCUUCCACCAGGCCUUCCUGCUGCCGUCUUGCGAGGCAUCAGCAACCAGGAAGGUGAUUAAAGUGUACAGGAAGUGGAUCCUGCAGGAUAAGCCCAGCUUCAUGACGGAGCCUGAAGUACCGACUCCGGGAGAAGAGAUAGAUGGCCGCCCUGAACAGAUACUCAGCUCAGAGGCUAACAGCAUGCACGUACAGUCGGCAGAGAGUCACGGCCACAGACGCUCGUCCAGCUGGGGGAGGACUUACUCCUUCAGCAGCGCCAUCAGCAGGGGCUUCUUCACCGAGGCGCAGAACAGGGACGUCAAUGCUGGCAUCCAGCCCACACUACAGGUGUUCCUGACCAACUCCUCCAAUGUUUUCCUGCUGGAGCCAUGCCAAGAUGUAGCUAAACUCCUGGAUAACCAGGUGGAGGUGUGCAAGGGUGUUCUCAGCAUCUACCGGCACAUGAUCAUGGAGCACACGAUGAACACACAAACUUGGGAGCAGAUGCUGCAGGUACUGCUGAGGAUCACAGAGGCAGUGAUGAAGAGGCCACAGGAAAACCAAAGAAAAGACAGCUUCGCUGAAAGUUUAGCAUCUAUACUUUUUAGGACCAUCAUCGUGGCGUGGGUGCGAGCCAACCUGUGCGUGUUUAUCUCCCGGGAGCUGUGGGACGAGCUGCUGGCAGUGCUGUCCUCUCUCACCUGCUGGGAGGAGCUAGUGACGGAGUGGGCCAGCAUCAUGGACUCGCUGACGGCUGUGCUGGCGCGCUCCGUUUACGGCCUGGACAUGGCCAGCCUGCCUCUGGACAAACUCAGCGAGCAGAAGGAGAAGAAGCAGAGAGGACGUGGUGCGCUCCAGGACUCCCAGAAGGCAGCAGCAGUGGCGCGUUCCUUCUCACUGAGUCGGAGAAACCAAGGGGAGCAGGGCGUGCCGGGGGGGCAGGAGCCCAUGAGGAUUCGCUCCGCCACUACGUCAGGAGCCCCCGGUGUAGAGAAAGCCCUUUACAAUGUCCGACAGAAGGCCUCCGCUAAGCGAAGCCAGUCCAUCAGCAACUGUGUUCAUCUGUACGAAGCUUUGCCCAAUGCUAAAAGCGUUCCUAUGCUUCUCCACACUGUGAGCUCUUUCUUGCCUGGUAUCUCUUCUGGUAACUCUGCUUGCUCUCACAGACUCUCAGACGUGGAUGAGGGUCAGCUGUCAGAGUGUGGGGGGGAGGAGGAGCUGGGAGGCGGGGAUAGCCCUCUGCCACGUAGCAGCAGCACCUCCGACAUCACCCAACAGCUCUCUGACACUUUACCAGCCCAGAAGAGAGAGAGCUCCCCUACUUCCUGUGGCUCUGAUAGCAGGACGUCUGAGGGGAAGAGAGAGGGCAACGAGCCACCAGUGAUCCUCAUCCGGCGCAGCAGCAGUCCAACUGAGACAGAGGUCACUGCUGAGGGACAGUUAAACCAAGCAAGACACAAGCUCAGAGAGAAAAGUGAGAGUGUAAGCAGUGAGACGUCCAACGGCUACCUCAAUGAAGCUGAGGUCACCUGGCAGGCGUUUGAUGAGGAAGCGGACACUCAGUCCACACAGUCGGCUCACAUGGACGUGACGGCGGACCCCCAGAGCCAGGGGAGUCUGCUGCUCAGCCAUAAUGAGGCUCUAGCAGGUCCCGAGUAUCUCCUCCCUCCCCACUCUGCACCCCCGUCCUUCCACCACCACAACCACUACCAAUACCCCCAGCACCCGCCCGCCUCCCCGGCCCUGCUGGUGCACACAGAGUGCCCCAUGGACGACACCAUGCAUCAGUCUGUCUUACACAUGCCACACCACCUGGACAGUAGUGAGUGUCUGGCUGAUGACGUCAGCAUAAUUGCGGGUGGGACACUGACUGGAUGGCAUGCUGACUCGGCCUUUGUCCUGUGGAGGAGGAUUUUGGGUAUCCUUGGAGAUGUCAACUGCAUCCGCUGCCCAAGAAUCCAUGCCAAGGUCUUCUACUGCCUUUAUGAGCUCUGGCAUAAGCUGGCCAAGAUCCGGGACAACCUCGGGAUUAGUGUGGACAACCAGUCGUCUCCUCCCCUGCCCGACUACAUCCCUCCUCUUCGAAUGCUGGCCUCCUGGCUCUUUAGGUCCACCAUGCUGCCAUCUGAGUACAAGGCUGGGAAGCUGCAGGCCUUCAAGCUGAUCUGUGAGAUGAUGACCCGGCACCAGGAUGUUCUCCCCAACAGUGACUUCUUGGUGCACCUCUACCACACCAUGCACAAAGGCAUUACCAGCAACGACCAGGAUGUUUUGAACACCAUCAUCCGUGCCUGCUCUCCACGUUUCUUCUUCCUCGGCCUGCCCGGCUUCACCAUGCUCGUUGGAGAUUUCAUCACUGCCGCUGCCCGCGUCCUCAGAUCUGACUCCUCAGAGGCUCCGAGGAUGGAGGCUCAGACAAUCCUGGGCUCCCUGGUGUGUUUCCCCAACCUCUACCUCCAGAUUCCUGUGCUGCAGCGUGUGCCCGGCUCUGAUGACAUCAUCGUAGGAAAUGAGGAUAUCAAGGAUUACCUGGUGAACAUCCUCCUGGAGAUGGCCACAAGGGAACACUGUGAAGGAGCCAGGUGCAUUGCUGUGUGCACUCUGGGUCUGUGGGUUUGUGAGGAGCUGACGCAGAAGAACAUCCACCACCAGGUUAAAGAUGCCAUCAAUGUGCUGGGCGUAACACUAAAGUUUGGAAACAAAGCAGUGGCUCAAGUGGCCUGUGACGUGUUCCAGCUGCUCAUCUCUCACUGGGAACAUCUCCAGAGGCUGGAGCCCACUCUACCUAAGAAAAUCAUUGAGAUCUUUGUGGCCACAAUAGCCUUUUUGUUGCCGAGCGCGGAGCACUCAACAGUGGAGGCAGACAAAAAGUUGAUGGUGUCCCUGCUGCUCUGCCUGUUGGACUGGUGCAUGGCUGUUCCCUUGAGCCUGCUGCUGGAACCCAUCACCAUGCCUUCUCCGGAGGACCGCACAUCCCAUAAGGCCCCGCUGCUGGACUACAUCUACAGGGUGCUGCACUGCUGUGUGUCGGGCUCCACCCUGCACACCCAACAGAGCCACUACCUGCUCAGUCUGUCGGACCUGUCGCCCGACUAUGACCUCAUGUUGGGUCAGGUUAAGAGCUUCGAGCCCCCACCCUCCCAGACAACCUCUUCCGACUUCGGCAACCUGCUCACAGUCGCUGAGGAAAAGCGCCGUCGGAACAUGGAGCUGAUUCCCCUGACAGCACGGAUGGUCAUGACCCACCUGGUGAACCAUCUGGGUCACCACCCGCUGAGCGGCGGCCCGGCCCUUCUCCACAGCCUCGUGAGCGAGAACCACGACAACCCGUAUGUGGAGUCGUCUGAGCUGUCCUCCGAGGUUUUCAAAAGCCCAAACCUCCAGCUGUUUGUGUUCAACGACAGCACGCUGGUGUCCUACCUGCAGAUCCCCGCAGAGACCCCCGCCGUCGGACAGCCCCCCAAAUCUUCCUCCCAAGUACGUGUGAUCGUCCGCGACAUCUCGGGGAAGUACUCGUGGGAUGGCGCAAUCCUCUACUGCACUAACCAUGACGACUGUGAUGACGCAGGCGUUUUUGAAGCAGUUGAUCGCCCUCUUUCCACCACCUCUCAUGACCCUCACAGCAGAAACCAGCCUGACUCUCCAACAAAUGGACCGUACAAAAACCAUUGCUCAGUCUCCGACUCGCUGUCAGACUGCUACGAGGAGGAAGGGUUGGAUAUAUUGGACACGCUUUUGGAGGACCUGGGCCACAGCAGCCCAGAAUGCCUCCCCGUACCACAGCUCAGGCUAAACCAGCCAGCCCCCUCCCCUCAUGGCAUGAACUUAGAGCAAGAGAGCGCCAUCAUGGAGGCAAUCUUGCGUCAGAUGCAGCAGGAGGAGGAGCAGGUGAGGAGGUGGGAUGCUGACUUGAGCUUUAAGGCUGCCUGCCAGAGUGAACCGUCCCACCAGGAACCAAAAGCUCCUUUCUACUUCUGCCGGCUGCUGCUCAAUGACCUUGGCAUGAACUCUUUGGACCGCAGGAAAAGUUUCCAUUUGCUGAAGAAAAACUCCAAACUUUUAAGGGAAUUGAAGAACUUGGAUUCCAGGCAAUGUCGAGAAACACACAAGAUCGCUGUGUUCUACAUUGGAGAGGGCCAAGAGGACAAGUGCUCCAUCCUGUCUAACAGCGCGGGCAGCCAGGCCUACGAAGACUUUGUGUCAGGACUGGGAUGGGAGGUGGACCUGGCCACACACUGCGGCUUUAUGGGAGGCCUCCAGAGGAAUGGCAGUACGGGUCUAACGGCUCCUUAUUAUGCUACCUCCACCGUGGAAACCAUCUUCCACGUCUCCACUCGCAUGCCAUCUGACUCUGACUGCCUUACCAAAAAGCUACGUCACCUGGGAAACGACGAGGUGCACAUAGUGUGGUCGGAGCACAGCAGGGACUACCGGCGUGGCAUCAUCCCGACUGACUUUGGAGACGUGCUGAUCAUCAUCUACCCCAUGAAGAACCACAUGUAUUUCAUCCAGAUCAUGAAGAAACCGCAGGUUCCUUUCUUCGGGCCUCUGUUCAAUGGCGCCAUCAUCACGGGGACGCUGCUGCCCAGCUUGGUGCGGGCCACCUGUAUCAAUGCCAGCAGAGCUGUCAAGUCCCGGCUGACUCUCUACCAGAGCUUCUAUGAGGAGCGGGCGCUCUACCUGGAGGCCAUUGUUCAGAACCACAGAGAGGUCAUGACCUUCGAAGAUUUUGCCUCACAGGUCUUCUCCCCCUCUCCUGGCUAUCCAAUGAGUGGGACAGGCUCCUUCACCGGCAGCGUGAGCACAGAAUCCGGAAACAACGCAGGACCAACGGACCCCGUGGACCAGGUUUCUCCCACAAUGCCCCGUGCCACGAAGAACCGAGUGUCCGGAAAGCUCCGCCGGUCAGCCAGCGCUAUAAGCAAAUCCUCCAACUGAGCUCUUCAUCCCGUCCCCUUUUCCCCACCCGAGUGCAGCCUUUAAUCUUUCUCUCAAAGAACCUCACACACCCAGCCGUGACUGCAAGUGUUUCUUGGCGUGUACUGUUUUUCUUUGUUUUAUUUCGUGUCAUAUAAACAUGUAACUGGAGCAUAAUGCAAUUUUUUAAUUUAAGUGGCAAUCAUUGAUUUUCGUUGAUACAUUUCUAUUUGUUGUGGUGUUUAACUGCUUAAUCGAGAUGGACAUGUGACUACGCUAUUUAUGUUCACCCUGGUGGUUUCAGCAUAAGGAUCAGCAGCAUAGGAAGACUUGAAUGAGAAGUCGUGAAAGGAACCUGUGAUCAAAAGAAAUGUCAUUUUUAUUCUCAUGUUUCUAGUGUUGUCUCUAUGCACUGGAGAGUAAGACGUUCUUACUAUGUUAAGGGAAAGGGAGACUGCUUCCCCCUGUUUCUGUGUCUCAACCGUCUCAACACUUAAUGUGACAAAGCACUGAAGGACACCGCUGUAAAUGGCAUCAUGCUAAAACUGCACAAAUGUUGGGAUCCAUUUAUAAAUAUGUUUGCCUUUUUUUACCUCCUCCCGCACCUGCCGCAACCUUUCUGCUGUGUCAAAGAUAGCCACUGGGGGACAGGAAGUCGCUCUUAAGCACCAGUUUGGACCAUGUUCAUGGACUUCCAUACACUGAAAAAGGAAGACAAAAACACUGAUGCAUGGGGAUAGCCUCCCCAGAACUGUCCGUGCUCCCUGCACUACCACACAUACUUUCUGAGUCCCUGCAGGACGUGCAGUCAGGAGGAUUUUUAAUUGUCUUCAACCCAGAGUGGACAAUCAAUGACGUCUUUUCUAACUGGAGCUUAAUAGAAAAUCUGUUUGGGGUUGUGUUGUUUUUUUUACCCCUCUAAUUUUCAUUUUUAAAUGAAUUCCGAUGGAUUGUGUCAUGAUUUGAUUUAUGCAACUCUGCUGAAACGAGAAAAGACUGCGUUUGUAAUUGUUUUCUGAUGUCGUUAACUUGGGCUCAUGUCCGGUAAUUGAAUAAGUUCCUCCUGUCUCUUUCCUCCGCUAUCAGUUUCCCCUGUCCUGUGAAGCUAAGGCAUCGACAUUCCAACGUUUAUUUUUUGCACUGUCAUUGAUUUACCUAGCAUUUGAAUGUUUCUCUUCGUUCUUGGAUGUAAAUUGCUUUACAUUUUAUUUGCUAGAUUUAUAUUAGAAAGGACUAUUUGAUGUUGUAUUGUAUUAUCUAUUCAUGUGCUGUUUUAGAGGAAAUAUGCCACCAGAGCCUCAGGUGAAUCUUAAGUCCAUGCACUGGUGUGUUUGAGUGUGUGUAUGAGUGUGUGAGUUUCAGAGGGAGCUUCUCACAGUGCCUGUGUUAUGUCUGUCCUCUAACAUGCUCCUCCCCGUAAGCACAUUUGAGUUUCUCUUCUUUUGUGACACAAACCAUAGACACCCUGCAUCACAUCUCCAUCAUUAGUUAGUCUAAAACAAAGCCCCCCCCCCUCCCUCUCUGUGUCUCUAAAGGUCAGCGUCUUGUGCUUCCCACAACAAAAACAGCAGCAGAUGGAUUUGUGGGGUUCUCUCUUUUAGUCUUUAUUACAGGUGGUGCACUGCUCCGUCCCUGAAUAGGAGUCAAGGAGGCACCUCCUCUUUCCCAUGAUCCUCCGCCCUCGCCCACAUCGCCUCCCAAGAGAGGAGUGGGUGUUCUGGGUUUAGGUGGCAUGCCUGAGCUGAAAUCUAGCAGCCCUCCUAGCAACAGCCGGGGCGACGCUCACUUCUCCAACCUGCCCGCUCGGGGUAGUCAUGGCAGCCAGGUGUUCCACACACACACACCCACAUCCUCAGAGGGCUCCACCCAAGCUGCAACUCUAUCCCCAUCUGUUGCACUACUAUGCCUUACUUUCCCCCCAUCGCUCUCCUGUCUGUUGUCUUUACUAACCUGCACACGUCACCUCCUUUUGUUUGGGUUGAUUCAUUUUUUUUGAAGAAUGUAUAAAUAUAGGCCUGGAUCACAUCUCUUUUUUUGUUAUUCCCCCCCCCCCCCCCCCCAACUUGAAGGAACCGCCCAGGAUGCUGAUCUUAAAGAUUGUAGUUUAUUAGCAGAUGUCUUUAGAAAGGGGUCUGUGCUCCCCCUUUGGUGGUUUAGUUGGCUGGAGAUGUUAGUUUUGGACCAAGAUAAGGAUUGUGUGUCUUAUAUACGUGAGGAAAAUGAACUAGUGUUAGCCCUAGUAUGUUUUUUUCUCUCUCUUCUCGUUUUAGAAAAAUCCUUGUACAUUGUGUCAAAUUUGAAGGCUCGAGCGCCUUCCGAAUAUAAAUAUAUGAAUGCCUGUAAUAUAAUCUUUGUAUAAGAGAAAGAGGAAAAAAAGCUUGAAGAUUUCAUCAUUACUUGUCAACAUAUCAAACUGUUUUUAACGACCGAAUUCCUGCUAUCUUUAUUAGAAAUGUGAAAAUUGAAACAUUUCAUUAAAUCAAUUUGAAAUUCUAA